AUGGAUAUGGAUUCACAGUCCAAACCUGGAAAGAUAAGUAUCUCUGAAAGGUCCAUCCUUUCAGGAAAAAAGGCUGUUGAGAAUAUAGAUUACCCACACUACCAUAAUCUCUUAAGGAAAAUGAACAUGCCUUUUGUGAAAGGAGUUGAAGACAGACAUAACUAUGGCAGAAUUGAAAAGAAAUGCAACCCUACUUUUCUUAAAUUUCACCCUUAUCCCCCUUCCGUCCUGCCAGACUACCAUUUACACUAUCCUUAUCCCCCACCAUAUGGGCGAGAUUAUCCAUUAUUUCCACUUCGGGAUGAUGUGCCCUUGGGUGAUGCCUGUUCCGGGUUUUUGAGUCCUGGUGGCGAUGCUGAUUUAAAGCCCGGCAUUGGCAGAACCAUACCAAGCCUGGUGGAUUCCAGUGAUGUGAAACCGCAACAUCGAGUUCCCAGGCCAGACACAGGAUUUCAAACAACACUGAAAAGGCAAAACAUUUUAUUAGAAGAACUAAAACAGGACAGGAGAUGGAAUUCCAGGGCAAUACCAGACAUUUCCAUCAGAGCAAGACUUGGAGGUUGGACAAGCCCACUCAAAGUUACUCCUUUACCACCUCGUCAUGAAGCAUGCUCAAUAAAUCACACGUUCUCAUUUGAUGAAGAAGCAACAUGUACGGAGGAUGGAGAACCGCUUUUACAACCAAACGGGAAAUACAGUGCAAAGGACUCAUUUUACAAGUCCUCGACUCAAAAAGCUUAUGAAGUUGUUCCUUGGGACAAGAUGCUACCACCGAAACCCGACCCAGAAGAAACAACAGUGGAAAAAGCUGCUGACCUGAUUUCACAGUGUUUUACACUGAAAAGAUAUGAAGGGGCCCCAUCAAUAACCCAGAUGGUUGGUGGACUCUGGGACAGAUUUCAAACAAGAUCUUUCUUGACACCGGUCAAGCCAGUUACUUUCGUGAGUCCAAGUUCCAGAAGCAAAUACAUUCCUCUUUAUACUGGUUACGUGCAGUCCACAAAUGCUGAUGACGUGGACAACCCCUUCGGAGACAUCACAUCUGUCGCCAAGCCUCGGACCUCUAAAACGCUCUAUACAAACACAAGUCGCUCUGCCAAUAUCCCAGGAUACACCGGGAAGGUUCAUUUCGCAGCCAGCCACCCGGCAAAUUCUGAUAUUCCAUCAACAACCCCAUCACCAGACUCAGAAGUGCACCGCAUCUUACGGAAAGAAAUGGAAGUUGAUGUCUUCCGUCACCAAGCACCGCUGUCUCGAAUGGUCACAACUGUAAAACCCUACAAUCCUUUCAAUAAGAAGCAUCAGGGAACUGUAGGAUACUGACGAAGGCCUGCCCUCCGAGUGGGACUCAUAAACCUCAGCCCUGGGGAGGCACUGCAUAUGGUGCAAUGGGGAAAUAAAAGACCCAGGCAUGUUCUGGGUGUGUCUGUA